AUGCACUCCGCUAGCCCCCCCUCUCCCCCUCUUCCCUCAAAGUCCCUCCAUGGCGACCACAAGCCGCGUCUGAUCCGGGUCCCGGGGGAGAACCCCCCGAACGUCCUGAUCGCCUCGGGAUUCCCUUGGUUCAUCUCCGAGAUGCGGAUCCACCGCUACCUACGCCAAGUCUUCCCGGAGGCUGAGCCCAUCACAACGCGGCUCUACGACGACCCCGUCAACGGCGCGAGCCGGGGCCACUGCUUUAUCGAAUACCCACCCCCUUUAACAGGGGGAAAUGGGGGCCUGGAAGGGGGGGGGGACCCGCGCAUUCCUUGA